AUUCAUUAUGCACGCGCAGGUGCUGGCGUCGGCGACGAACCUCCACUUGAGUCUGGAGAGCCUGGAUGAUAUUACGCCACAACUGCGUGGCCCGAAAAGGGCCCGAAGAACCUGCUGGCUUACGACUUGAGACCCUUUAAAUACCCCACUGGCAUAAUCACUAAAGGAAGGACUAUCUUACACAAGAGAAAGCUAAAGUGUUCGCAAUUCUACAAAAGAACGUUGUCUCCAUUUGGAGACAAUACUAAGUGAUCGUCCACAAUGCCGCGGAAUGAUGAGCGGCCCACCUCCACGUCCACAGCUGGCAGUGAGGACCAGAAUAGCGACACCGAGCUGUCCGACAGGUGCGACAGCAUGACGUCGGCCAGUGACAUUGAAUGCUCUCGUCAGAGUUUCACCAGCGACUCCAGCAAGCACAGCUCACCCUCCUCCAGCCCUCCAAAAACAAUAACGCUGGAUGAGGUCAUGACUUCGGCUCGGGACCUGUCCAACUUAAAGUUGGCUCACGAGAUCAUUGUGAACCGCAACUUCCGCGUGGAACCGUCAGAACUACCUGAAAACAGUUUGCAGAAGAGAGUGAAGGAGAUCGUUCACAAAGCAUUCUGGGAUUGCUUGGAGUCUGACUUGAAUGAGGACCCACCGGAGUACCGACACGCCGUCAAACUUCUGGAGGAGAUUAGAGGGAUCCUUCUCUCCUUCCUGAACCCGGGAUCCAACCGCAUGCGCACGCAGAUCAUGGAGGUGCUGGACAUGGACCUGAUCCGCCAGCAGGCAGACAACGACGCGGUGGACAUCCAGGGCAUGGCCACCUACGUCAUCAACACCAUGGGCAAAAUGUGCGCGCCGGUCCGCGAUGAGGAGAUCAAGAAGCUGAAGGAGAACCCUGGCGACAUCGUCUCUCUCUUCAAGGAGAUCUUCCGUGUACUGGAUCUCAUGAUGAUGGACUUUGUAAACACCACCAUUCAGAUGAUCAGGCCAGAACUCCAGAAGCACUCUGUGGAGUAUGAGAGGGAGAAGUUCCAGAACAUUCUGCAGACCACACCCAAUGCCCUGGACCACACCACAGGCUGGAUCAAAGCCUCUCUGGAGGAGGCCAUCCAGGCCAUGCCCCCAGCAGAGAAGAGCGGAGACCCAGACAAGGCCGUGAAGGCGUUGCCCGGUCCCGCACUGGUCAUGAACACAGCCUUUGUGCGUCUCCUCAUGGGAACCCACAAGGACCCGCUCCCUGAGACCCUGAUGACGGACCAGGGCAGGCUGGUGGAGAUGCAGCGGCGGGCCCAGCUCCUCCAGGCUGUGGCGUCGGUCCUGCUCAUCGUCUACAGCUCCAUCGGCGAGGCUAUCUCUGGCCUGCCUGUCCUGACCGAGAGGCUCAAGAGGAUGACCAGUGUCCUGCUGGAGGGCAUGCACAGCCCGAGUUUCAACCUAAUGGAGGCCCUGGAGAACGCCAGCGUGCAGAUCUGCUGCGAGCUCAACAAAUCGCUGACGGAGCGCAACUACCCGCCGCUUCCCCCUCCUCUGCAGCACACUCUCAAAGGUCAAAUCUGCAGCAUCACCCAGGAGAACAACCCCAUUCGGGCUCUCGUCGAGGGAAGAUUCCAGCAGUAUGUCCGAGUCAUCCUGUCCAUACCAAACUCUCAUGCCCACCCUCCGCCCACGCCCAAUGGCCUGGGGCUGAUCCAGCCCGAGCUGGCCACACUAGGGGUCAGCUACGUGGGUAUGGUGAACUUCAACAAACAGGUCUACAUGCCCUACUACAUGGGCAUCAUCAAGAAUCUGCUCUUCGGCAUGCCAGCUCAGGGUGGGCGUCAGGACGGUACUGGACGUCCCUCCCAGGAGUCCACAGUCACCCAAGAACCCAGCGCCAAGCCCGUGGCAUCCAAAUAAAUGGGGAAUGCAAAUGUGGAUUGGUUCGAUUUGAGUACUUAACUCAUUUUUUUUGUAUGACCUAUGUGAAAGACAUAGCAAGGAAACGUUAUGGCACCUUUUUAGUAUUCAGCGAGCCCUGUGAGUUUGAACUGUGAUGGCCCCCUAAGGUUAGCAGCGCACAAGGGAAGCACCUGUGUGUGGGGUGUUGACUGUAAGAGGAAUUUGUAUUAUGGUGCUUGUGCGGAGGAAGAUCCUAGACAAGACUCAAAGAAAAGUCUCAAAGAACUGACAUCUCCAGUGUAGCCCAGUGAAAUGUGCUUCGUGUCAUUAACUGAAAAGAAUGUCCUCUUCAUAACUCAGCUUUACCAGGAUAGAGUUAGGCUCACAUUUAAUGCCAGCUUGACUCUUAAAGAUGCAAUACAAUUAUGUUCACUUUUAGAAGUUUUAAGAAAGAUAAGUAUAUUGUUGUCAUUUACAGAAACCGUCUAUUGUCAUUUUGUAAAGGGAAAGCUUAUUUAUGUGAAUAAUAAUGCCCAUUUUAUACAUUUAUAGAUGCAUUUCAUAACCUAUCCCUAUCCCUGCAUUUUAAGGACAGAAUAUUCAUAGAUUAUCUUAAUGUUAGCCUAUGCAUCCAUGUGCCACCUUUUGUAAUGGAUGCUACUACCUUGAGUAGCUCAAAUUAAACUUGAAAGGGGUUGUUUCUGAUGUUUUGUACCUAAGGGUAUUGGAUGAACUUCAUGUAAUAUCACUUGAAGCUUACUAGAGGGAAUGGUGAACAUUUGGCUCCGGACCAUGCACAUUUUCAAUGCCAGAAUUCCAUCCCUCUUGUGAUAGUGAUAUGCAGCUAGAGAUUUUUUUUAUGACUGCAUGCAAGUUUUGCGUUACUUUACUCGAUACAUGUAACUGAUAGCCUCUAUAGACUAGGUGUUGAUUGGUUUUCAAAAUGUCUGUGAUGUUUAGUUUUCUUUCUUUUGUGGUAGAUGUUGUAGUUUAUGGUGUUUUCAGUACGAAACUAUUGGUUGUAUUUUUAAAGCAUUUAUAUAUAGCUUAAGGCAAAUGUAAAGCCUAACCUGGUCUUGCAUACAUCCAACUUGAGUGCUACCAGAGUGUCAUCGUCCUCUUACAUCAAAAAACACCCUAGUUACAGGAAGAAUAAACCGAAGAUGUAUUGUUUUGAAAUGAUACUUUGUGUAUUUUCAUCAUACAAAAUGGAUCUAUGUUGUAUAAUGUCAACUACAAUAAAACAAAUGUAAACUCA